UGGAAACAGUACGUCGCGGAAAAGAGGUUAACAUAAGUCAAUGUAUGAAUAGAUAAAUCACAAAAUAGUUGCAAUUGAAAUUUUAACUUAAACUUUAGAAACAUUUAUUUGGCAAAAUCAAUGCUGUUGCUAUAUUUAUUUUGCGGCAAAAGACGUGGUCAUGUAAUAGUUUUGUGACGUAUGUUUGCCAAAAUUACAAAAACUUACAUGCAUUGUAUAUGUUAAAAUAUAUGACAUCCAUUCCAAAUUAUUACAUGCAUUUAUGUUGGACAAAAAUGGUAUAAAUUAUAAAUUACUUUAUUCAAUACUAUGAAAAAUCAAAGAAAAGAAUUGUGAUAAAAGAACAUCUUUGGCAUCUUUAAUUAAAAAAGCUUAUAAAAAUAUGCUAGAUGUUUUGCUCUAUCAAACACAAUGUUUAAAUUGGAAUCUUAUAUAACACCAGUAAUUCUCAGUUAUGUAGAAAAAUAUGUGAAAAAUUUUAAGCCGGAACAAUCGCAGGUAUCCUUGUGGGGUGGAGAUGCGUCAUUUCAGAACCUAGAUCUAAGAUUAGAAGUAUUGGAAGAACAACUGAAUCUUCCAUUCGUCUUUGUCAGUGGACACAUACACGAAUUAUUGAUACAUGUUCCAUGGGUAAAAAUUACUUCUGAACCAAUAGUUGUUACCAUUAAUACUAUAGAGUGUAUUUUAAAAUUGAAAGAUGAAAGCACCACAGAAACUAGUACAGCUACGUUACAGAAAAGAAAGGAGAUGGUGCAGGAGGAAGCUCCACCUGGGUACAUAAAAAGUAUAGUUACAAAAGUCAUUAAUAAUAUUACAAUUCACUGUAACAAUCUGAUCUUAAAAUAUGUAGAAGAAGACAUUGUGCUUAGUGUAAAUGUGAGAUUUUUAAGCAUGCAAACUGUUGAUAAUAAAUGGGAGCCAGCAUUUACCGAAGUCAACAAUCAAGAAGUGAUGCUGAGGAAGGUUAUUACUAUCCAGGAUUUGACAUUGUGCUUAGAUAAAAUGGAUGCAUCAGGAAAAAUAGAGAUAUAUCAAGAUCCCGUUUUAUAUCGAUGUUCAAUGACCAUUCGCAUGAUUAUAAACUAUCACAGCAAUAUUUCGAAAAGAGCAUCUAUCACACGACUCGAUCUUCAUUGCGAAAAAAUGGAAUUUAGUAUGACUGAACAGCAAGUACCGAUGCUUCUUAGAUUGGCGGCUUUAGUACUGGCACUACAAACGAAACAGUUUCCACCAUGCAAAGAAAAAUCUUCCAUUACGGUGGAUGAGAGAGAAGACGUUAGUCAAGAUGAUACAAGUCAGAUAGCAGGAACUGCUACAGAUGCAGUUGGGUGGGGUGGUUGGGCAUGGAACAUGGUGUCAUCUGUUCUGCCCGGUGAUUGGGAUAACGAUUGGUCCAACGAGCAAGAAAUAGCAUAUUCUGGUCAUACAAUACAUUUAGGUGUUUAUAUAGAUGAUGCUACUUUAACAUUUAAGACUGUUGAAAGUGUCAAAGAGCAAUUAUUUUAUAAAUCUCGGAAACUUAGGUACAAAUCGUUUUUAUCACUUCGGUUAAACGGAGUUGUGAUAGAUACUUUACUUCAAGGAAUUACAAUGACAACCUUCCAAGUGGGAGUGACAUGUAUACAGCUUUAUCCACGAGGAACGUGCAGUUGCGGACAUCUAGAAGUUGUUGACGGAGUACAACCACCGCUUUACAUAACAGCUGGGAACUUAAAUAAUGACUAUCUGAAAGAUUCAUUAUUUGACCAAGAAGCAGUAGAAAACAAGGGAAAAAAAAGAGACUACAAGCAAGGAAUAGAUCAUCACUUAGCGACAGCCUCGGUUGAAAAAUUAUUAGAAAGAUGUCCGGCGUUUGUGAUGGAUUAUGUUUAUUACAUGGAAUUGCCCGACGAUAUAACGCCCGAAAGAUUGCUCGAGCUUGGGUCAAACUUCGAAUACAGCAAUUUUCAGGAACGCAGAGUCGUAAGGUAUCUAGCUGGAGAUCUAACGGUCAGAUUAUGCUCUGGCAUUUUUCAUCGUAUUGAUACCAUUAAAGAAGCCGCAGCAAAAUACGAUUACGAUCCCUACCUUGUAACGAAACCAGAUCCUCUUAUCGACGAGCUACCCCCCGUUACAUUGGAAGAAUACGAAGCACUCAGGGAGAACGUAUCGAUGACAGAAACAAAAUUAGUUCUGAAAAGGGCAUCGCUGCAAUUACAGUUAGCAGAUCAUUGCGUUAUAGGCAUGCCACGGCAACGUAAAAUUAUUGAAACUCGGACUACUCCAUUAGCUCCAGCUCUUACGGAUGAUCCUUUUGUGAGCAUCGAAUGUGAUGAAACAAGCGCCACUACAGUUCAGCCUAUGUAUCCUUUUAGACUCGUGGCUUGUGCGUCAAAAUUGACAGAGCUGUCGGUAGAAAUGUUUACACAGUGCCAUGCGAUUACUGAUAUACAAGUAAUUGGAGCAAAAAGUCAACUGCAUUUAACAAAGACAUGUGAUACUUUAAUAGUAAUGCCUUAUUCAGUGGAAGCUUUUUCAAAAGUUUUACUGUACCCUCAAUAUUGGCGAGAUAUGGAUAUGGUUCAAAAAUCAUACUCCUUUCAAUCAGAUAGCAUUACUAUCACAGGAACUAAGGCAAAAUUAAUGGCUGCCGUGUCUAUAGUAACUUCCGUUCUUAGUUCUGCGGAUACUGCAAAUCCACUUAUGUGUUCCACUCUUUUUAACGACGCCUGUCAGGAAAAAUGUCCAGUAUAUUUAGAAUUAUAUCUAGAAAAUAUAAACUGUAAGAAUAUAUCAUCUUCGGUUACAAUAUCAAACGAAGUGAAUGUAAAUUCUAUAAAAGUAUUUGCUCUCAAUGAUUCUCAGCAAGCCUUUAUUCUUUCGGGUCCAGAAAAUCAUGACAGCAAGGAUGCAGAAAAUGUACCUCUUCUGUCUGCCGUGAUACAAUUUCCUAAGAAUGUCGAACUACAGACACAUCCACCACUAGUCUCAUUUAAAAUCGCCGAAAUCAGAGCUUCAUUGGAUCCUCUUUUCUUCGAAUGGCUGGAAUAUCGUGCCACUUGUAACAGAUUGGGAAGUGUACAUGUAUUACGUUCAGAUAGUCAGUUGAUCACUGAAGGUACAUCGUCUGACACAGGCACGCGGAAAAAGACGUUUCCGAGUUUACAUGAGAGUGUGCACAGUUCAUCAGACAAAGAGAAACGAAAAUCAGCAGUUACGGAAAAAUCGAAAACGCUGCGAAAUGAUGAAACACAAAGGAAAAGCGAAUCUAAAAUGGAAGGAGAGCAAGAAAACUUACAGAAAUCGGGAAUACUGGUCAAAUUGGCGGAAUCGUAUUCGUGGUGGUGCAGCCUUGUGCUAAGUGGUUAUAUAGGACAUAUUAUCAUUUACAUACCAUCUGAUACAAUGAGCGGUAUUGGAGCCGAUGGCAUAGAACAAGCCAAAGACCAGUCUGUAAUAGAAAAUCAAGAUCUACAAAUAAUGAUAAUAAAAUUACCAAGUCUUCUUAUACAUUCGUCUAAUCUGAACGCUGAGUUACUUAGCCCAUAUCUGCAGAAACUUCCGGUUAAACUACCAGAAUCUAUGUGGACAUAUCAAGUACAAAGUUUUCCAUGGACAUUGAGUCUGAUCGAUUUUCAUUGUUAUACAUUGCAACAACGGACACAAAAGAAUUUUAUUAAAAAAGUGACGUUAAAUGCUACAGUAGCUCUUACAACUAAAACAGCCGCAACUGCAUCAAACACGCUUACUGCCUUAAGCAUUUGUGUACAUAUUGACAAUUCUCCUAUCAUCAUUUCACUUUCGGAAGAGCAGGUCAUCUUUAUGAGCAAUAUAGCUUUAAGUCUCAUAAAAUUAUUACGAACUUUAUGCCACUCUCGAGAAGACCACGCAAUCACAUCUCAGAUAAGCAACGAAGCGCAAAUUGUUCUCCCUGUCAUACCUCAAACUCCGUCCACCCCAACUCAAAUAAUGUAUCAAGAAGACACGACUACCAAUUCGACUGUAUCCACGUCGAAAGACGAGCAAGGAUAUGAAAAGGACGGUUUAGUUGUAACGGCGUGGAUUCAGUGGACCAUAACAAAAGUGGCAGUAAAAUUAUACAUUAUGGGGCAAGCGGACACAUCUUUAAAACUGAUGUUAGAACUAGAGGAUAUUAUAACAUCUUUGGACUUGCAAUCAGUUUAUAUGCAACUGAAAAGUAAAAUAACGACAGCUACGAUAUUUCAUUAUGUCAGAAGUCCACAUGCAUUAACUUGGGAUGUUGGCGAAUAUGCGGGGCUAGUGCUUUGCGGAAGGGAAGAUAAUUUAGAAAAAGGUGAUGAUUCUGGUUUCAUAAGUUUUACACUUACGCGUGCGAAGUCAGGAAAUGUCUACACACGUUGGGGUACUCAGAAACGUUACAAGUCUCAAAAGAAAGAGCUGCUGACGGACUCAACAUUAACCACGAAUGGCUACAUUUCCGAAAUACUUAUUAAAAUGCAAAUGGUCGAUGUAAUCUUGCCGCUUAGUGUAAUCACCAAGUAUACCCAAUUGAUAAAGCCUUUUGCAUGCCUCAGUUCGUCUGUUGAGAAAAGUGCGGAAAUCAAUCGCAGUAAAAGUAUGGCGACACCAUUAACUGGAAUAACAAACUUGAAUAAUGAAUCAUUACCAUUGAUACAUUUGGAAUUCAAAGGAUUUCGACUCAUGAUGCCAGCUUUGACUAAUANAAAGAAAUUGCAACAUGAUUUACUGAUGCUUCAGUUGGACGGCAUUCGGAUCACACCGGAUGCGGAAAAUCCGAUUUGCAGAACCCCAUUGCGAACUGACAUAUAUCAACUGGCUGCUCAAGCAAAUAUAUUAAAUGUACCAGGUUCGGCUGUGGAAGAUCGCCAGUAUCAAAUUUGCAUCAAAGGAGUGUGCGCGUACACUACUACAUGGAAGAAUUAUCAGCUAAGCAUUAAUAAGAGAAUGUCUCAAUCGUAUUUGUAUACAAUGAAUGAAAAUCCCGCACUGGAAUGGAAUAAGCUCGGGAAUGGUAGUAGUCUGGAUCCAUACUUCUCUACAUCUUCUGUAUUAACAAAAUUUGAUCUCUGCUUAAUUAUUGCACCAGCUAUCACAUUUAAAGCAGACACGAUAGUCUGUGGGAGCGCCGUGGAAGUGAAUUGCGUUACAGAUAUAGAAUUGACAAUAAAUUUAGACCAAAUUAAAUUGAUAUCAACGCUUAAUAAUGAAUUUAUAACAUUAUUAUCUGGGAGUUUCGAGAAAAUGGAGAAUAAAAGUAACUUCAAUAAUGCAGUUCAAAGAUUUCCUUCGGGAUCUCAAACUCUCAAACCAAUGAGUUGGUUGAAACAAACGUCAGAUGAUUCUGACCUAGAUUUUGCAAAAGACAGUGGCGUUGAUUUUGAAAUGUCUAGCAUGCAUUCGACAGUGAUUGGGAGAUCGACAGUUGCUGAAACUAUGAUACUUCCACCCUUCGAAUUUUUAGUAAAUUGUGGAAAGAUAACAUUCAUCCUUUAUGAAGUCCAAAAUAUAUUUCUUGAUUCAGAAGACGAGGAUGUUUAUAAAGUUGACAACGAAGAUGAUAAUAAUAAUGUAAAACAACCAUUACUUUAUCUGAUGAUCAAUCAACCGAAUAUUUAUUUCUCCCAGCAACAUUUAUCUAAAAAAAUACAAAUAUCUUGUUUCGAUAUAACGAUAGCGUUUGGCGAUACGCAAAAUCUGAAUACGAUACCGACUGAGAGGGAUUUCAAAAUUUAUAUGAUAGAAACAAAGCACGGUGAUCCGCAUCCAGACACGGGUAUUCCACCUUCUUUUGCGACAGUGAAAUCUGAAACAAUUCUGGGUAGAAACCGCCAAUUUUUCAUUGAAAUGGGACGACCGACGAAAGUGCAUCUUUCUUUGUCUCGGUUUAAUCAACUUUACAAUAUACAGAACAAGAUAUUAUCGUGUUUUCUCGAUAAUGAUGUUACGCAAGUGCCUGUAGAAGAAAAAGAAACUGCGCCUGUUGAUUGUCAAAAUGUAACAACAUCGGCAAAAUCCAGAAAAUUCAAUGUACCUGAUCUACAUAUAAGUACAAAGCAAAUCGUAAUAUCCUUAAAGACUGACUCUGGCGCAGAAAUUAUUACCAGUUUGGCAUCGUUAAAUGGAAAUCUGUCGACGCUGCUGAGACCAGACAGAAUAUAUUCAAAUCUAUCCAUAGAUUCUUUCAUUAUAUCUGCGAUCUUAAAUGGAAAUAUCAAAGUGUUAUUAAAUCCAUGGUGUUGCAACAUAACAACUUGCUUGCUCUGGGAGUCUUCGUACUGCAGCGAAAUCAUUCCGCAAAUACAAAUACAGGCAGACAGCGAAAGUUUGUAUCUUGACUUCGGACCGGAUCAGAUAAAAAUUAUAAAAAUGGUUAUGCAAGAUUGUCAGUUGCUUGUCAACGAGUUAGCUUCCUUUUCUACGAACAAAAGUAAAAAUGAGAAGCAAAUUGUAUUGUCGACUGAACAGCAUUACAAGGACGAUUUGAAAGCAGGCGCGUUCCAGUUUGUCGACGGCACUGCGGAUGAAUUACCUUUUCCGUAUCAAGUAGUAUUUUUUGCUCAUCCCCAGCAAGCGAUGGCUUGGAGAUAUCCGCAACCGCGAAUGUUAACAAGGAUACACAUAUCUCCUGUCCCAUUUGAAACGAUGGAUACCGAUGGAAAUUAUAUCGACAAAGUACCCUGCGUUCUUGAGUAUUGGAGCGACAGUCACAUGUCGUAUCAGCGUUACGCAGAUUUUUACUUAUCGGAAACGGAUUCCUAUCGAUUGGAUCUACCGGACAAGGCACCGGCGCGAGCAGUGGCUUGCGUAUGGCGUGUGAUUAUUUUAUCCCACAACAAACGACCGCUUACGAAAAGCAUCGUUUCCGCUCGUGCCCUCGCAGCCUGUUUGCGCAUCGAUUCCUACUUCAAUCUCUUGAUAAUACCGAACGUACAGAUUGCCUUAAAUAUCGGCGUGCUUCACGUGUCUCUGUACAAUCACAUCGAUACGACUGUGUAUAACAACUUGCCGCCGCCGCUGGACAGAUACACCUUGAACGGAAGAAUUCCCGAAAUACAGUGUUUCAUGUCCGUGGAACAAAAGGGGGCUAUUUUGGUGCUUAACAAAUGGAUGGACGAUUCCAUGCUGCUUGACGUCGGCGGAACUCUGAGCGUCCACGUAUUAGAUUACAGCCAUCUAACCAUGCAGGAGGUGUUAGAUUCUCUGGAAGGGAGAUUCCAGCUGUCGUUAUCGAACAAGGUGGACGCGUCGUUGACAUGCAACCCGUUUACGCUGAAGUUGGGACCAGCGAUAACUCACACCCUCGCAGUUUCCGCUCGUUUGUGGCUGGCGUCUUUCGACGAAGAGGAGAAAAACGUAAUAGUUCUGACGCGCUACGUAAUCGCCAACGAUAGCAAUGUUUCCAUUCGUUUUGGCCAGAGCGGCACUGGAGACAGCAUACUUCUCGAGAGCAGACAGUGUAACUUUUACUCGUGGCGGCAAAUUGGUAAUCAAAUGAUACGGAUAUCGAUUGAGGAGAACGGCUGGCUAUGGAGUCGGCCCUUUCCCGUUAACAAGGAUGGCAUUCAAGUGAUCGAGUUCACCAAUUCGGUGAUCGGCGCAGCAGUUUUCGUCAACGUUACGUCACUUUCCGCCACGCAAAAACUCGUGACUUUUUCGGGCCAACUCGUGAUUUCCAACCAACUAACCGACAAUUUCGAAAUGAGAUUAGUAAAAUAUGAGACAGAGGUCGGCUCGAAAGUGACGGUCUCGAAGGAAGUGUAUCCCAUUCCCGGCAAGAGUUUUCCAUCAUCCAUUAUGCUUGAAAGUAACAAGAAGAUAGCUAUGCGGCUGCGCUUCACGAAUUUGACGCAUUUAUCGUGGACCGGGGACAUUCCUCUGCAGCCUAACGUGAAGUGGGGCCAGCCGUGGCUCGUAAAAGUGCCCCUGCAAGAACGCGGCCAAUUCCUGAGUAUCUGGGUGCGAAUAGUAACGCAGAUGAUACAAGAUAAGAUGAAAGUCCUCGCCGUACUCAGUCCUCUUUAUAUGAUCAGAUCGCACUUACCGGCGCCGGCGAGAGUUCAAAUAGAAACGCCGUCCCUGAAGACGUCAUCGACCACCACGGUGAACGGUCGCGGUGAAUGCCAACAAUUAUACUGUCCCGGUACAUUCGAGCAUUUUCACCAGCUGACGUUUCAACUGAGGUCCAGCGGCUCCGCGUCGGAUCCUUACGUGCCGCUUUCGUACAGCUCCGUCGAUCAGCGAAAGUUUUUCAGACGGCCCGUGGUUGAGGACAUCGACAAGAUUCUGCGAGAUCUCAAGGAUCGAAAGGACGAGGUGAAGUGGCCCUUCCAGGGAGACGACACGGAGGAAUGGAUAUCCGCGGAGCAGCCGCAGACGCAUGUACAAGUAAAAUAUCAGGACGCCGGACUGGUCUCCAGCACUUUGAUGCUGGAGCUGCAGCCUUGGUGCUUCGUGAUGAACUCGCUGGGAUGUCACAUCUCGUUGGUGUCAGAAAAUAUAGAGCUUUGCCAAGUCCCUCACUACGGCAUAGCCACGCCGCCCAAGCUGGAGGGCGCCUUCCACAUCGGCGUCGGAAUCGGCGAUACUUACUACAUGUCGCGAAUGCUGCAGUUGGCGCGACCCGAGCGGGGGCAGAGCCUCUACAUGUGUCAAAUCUACGGCCACAUACCGGUGGAAGGGAACAUCAAGACGUUCGUGGAUUGCGGCACCAGCGCGUCCAUCCUGAGCAUCGGUUCCUCCAUGCACGAAGACAUGCGUCUGGUUCGGAUCACGAGCAGCUACGUGAUCGUCAAUCUGACGUCUCAGGAGUUGUGCGUGGCCACACUGGCGGUGCACGAGGCGACGAAGGACCUGCGGCUGCCACACGAUCUCACACCCUGCAGCCUGAACAUCUUACCGUCCGAAGACCAGAAGCAAGGCACGCCGAUCGUGCAGUGGUACACGUUGUACACAGACAGCAACGUUGAGCCGCUCGUGCUGUACGUAUCUCUCAGCCUCGGGCACAAGUGGUCCUGUCCGAUCAGAGUGGACCAAGCUAUGAGCCGCAUGUCAGUCGCGAUUCCGAACGGCUCUUCCUCCAUGCCCGUCAUCGUGACAACGCAAGAGGAGAAAGGCACCACGUUCAUCGCGAUACACAACGAUGAUCAUCCGCAAUUGUUAAUCGAGAACGCCUGCGGCUUCAAGAUCCUACUGGGACAAGCCGACGAAAACGGCGGCGAAAUUUUACCGGACACCGCUCACUUCACGUGGGUGUGCGAGGUCGACAGUGGAGCGACGUUCCAUUAUUCUCUUCCCUGCGUCAGCAACAGACUACCCGACACUGCCGUUCCAAGCGCUUCGAAUAUCCUAUUGUUCUCCACCGUGCCGAACGAUCAGGUGGAAAAAAGAACGAAUUUAAAAUGGUCGAGAGGCGUAAAUCUGUCCGCGUUGUCGUCCACGCCGAUCGAUCAGUAUCUGCGUCUGCCCUCGUACGGCGAUGUGAAGCUUAUCAUGCAGAGUCGCUGUUACACCACUCACAUCAGCAUCGUGCCCAUCUCUCAAAUUGAAAUAUCCGCUCAGGAUAUUAGAAGCAGAUUGCUGCGAAAGAAAAAUGCGGUGCAAGACGACGCGACAUACGGCAAUCUUUCUACAUCAAGAAGACCGGAGGACGACAAACUGUUAUCAUAUGUACAAAGUUCGAGCAGCUCCACAUCGCUAACCAGCUUCUUCUCAGCGCAAGACGAUCUUUUGCCGACGGAAUCGGUGGCUGCCUCGUCAUCGAAUUCAAAACCAUUAAUGUCGAAAAUGAUGGACGCAAAAGCUUGCGCUGACGAGGAUCGAUUGAAAUCUGCUAACGAAGCUAAUUCGUCUAAUCCCAAAGAAGGCUCUGUAAUGGUUUAUCUGCGCGCGUGCACUAUCCUUAUUCUUCAGGAUAUCAAUGAAAAUGCGCAAAGAAUCGAAGUCGCGAGUCUGUCUAUGGCGGACUUGGUCGUUACCGUUAAUUCAAGAGCCAGAUUCAUCAAUAUGUGUUGCUACAUAGGGGACUUGCAAUUAGAUAAUCAAUUGUUCGAUCAGGGAGGUUUCGACUUUCCCGUAGUGUUGAUCAGUCAAAACCCCUUGCCAAACCGAGAAGUGGUGUUUUACAGCAAUAACUGUUUAAUGGCAAAUAUGGAAAAGAUUAAACAAGAUUCCUUGAUAGCCAUCGAAUAUGUCUGGGAAAUAAACGGAAGUAUGAUAAUAUCGAAGGAAUAUCGCAUGAAAAUUGCGCCCAUUAGCGCGUACAUCGAGGACACGUAUAUAACGCAGUUGCUGGAUUACGCAACUUCAAUGAUAUCACCGCGUUUGGUGCUGGGCGACAAUCCCAAAAAGAUGCAAACGGUGGCUGUGUCGAAUGCAGUCUGCAUACCGGAUUACAUUAUGAUCGAUUCGAGAAUCUUAAGUCAGCCGUUGCGAUUGCAAAAUUUCGUGAUAGAACCGCUAUCUAUUUUGUUGAGCGUUCACACCUCUGUGCGGCUCUACGUCGCUUUGGACCAUUCUCCGUUGUAUUUCGGCACCUUUGAGAGGAAAAACUUAUUGACCACUCCUUACCGACUUGGCAAUGCGCUCACCAUGCAUUAUCUGUCAGGCGCUAUAUUUGGAGCAGGCUGGGUGGUUGGAUCACUAGAAAUACUUGGAUCGCCAGGAGGUUUAGCGCAAGCGCUUGGAUCUGGCCUCCGAGAUUUCGUUUCGCUGCCAUUUCAAGGUUUGCUGCAAGGCCCGUGGGGUUUCAUCGUUGGAAUUACGCAUGGAUCAGCCAGUUUGAUGAAACAUGUCACAGCGGGUACAGUAAAUUCCGUAACGAAACUGGCGUCCAGCGUCGCGCGAAAUUUGGAUCGCUUAACGUUGGACGAGGAACAUCUGCAGCGACAAGAAGAGUCGCGCAGAAUGCGUCCUCAAGGCAUGGCGCAAGGGCUCUAUCAAGGCUUGACUGGUCUUGGAAUGAGUCUACUUGCGGCUGUGGCUGGCCUGGCGCAUCAUCCUCUGCAACAAGUGUGGUCGGGUGAAGCGACGACCAAGAGUUUGGUCACCGGAGUCGGACUCGGUUUAGUCGGCGUCGUUACGAAACCACUGAGCGGUGCUGCGGAGCUAGUCGCUCUUACUGGUCAAGGGCUGCUACAGGGAGCUGGAUGGAACUCGUUACCUGCACCACGUCAGAGGCCAAUUGUGCAAUAUACUAGUGGCAAUAAUAGCACAUCCGUGCGAUACACUUGGCGUUUGUUACCUCUACUCGAUCACAGUCACGACAGUAUUCUUCAUGUAACCAGCGCGGACUACGUCAUUCAUCAGGGCAGUAAUCGCGCGGUAACACUUGUCCUAACGCGACAAGCUUUGUUGCUCGUUAACAUGGCAGAGGACAGUGUAGAACGGAUAUUUUCGCUGAAAGAACUGACAAGCGUCGAUCAUAUUACGGAAUCGACGAUGCUGUGCUUGUAUUGUCCGCCAGCCGCGAUACAAUCCAGCAGACCGUUAUCACCAGUUGAACAUGAGAUGAACCAAGAAAUGAGAGCACGAGUUGAAGAGUAUGUGCGGACAAGCAGCACUGGCUUAGCUAGUGUGUCGACGAACAGCGACAGACAGUCUGAUACCUUCGAGACAGCAUCCCCACAUCCAGAACACACGCUUACAUUUUACGUUUGCCCGGAUACCCGUAAUUACUUACUUUCGCUAUUCAACAUCGCCAAACGACAAAAUCAGGGUUCCGGUUUUGCAGUUUUGUAAUAGAUAUUUCUGACUGAUUGUAAUUAAAAGUGUUCUGACUGAAAAAAAUAUUUCAAAAUUGAAUCAAACGCAACCGAAAUCAAUGUGUUUUCUGGAUAUUGAUAUAUUGGUACUUUUUGUGGGAGUUUUAUGUAUUUCGAGCUUGUAAAGUUGUGUAUGUGCACAAGCAGUAUUAUGACAUACAUUUAAAAAAUUCCAAAAAAUAAUCCUCCCCCACAAGAAUAAUUAAUAUAUACUAAAAUCUUUGAAUGUCCACUUCUAUUUUUAUCGAGUCACAUGUUGCACAAUUGACGCUUUUGUUCUAUGUAAGAAACAUCUUACGAAUCUAUAAUAUAUAAAUUUAUCAUAAAUCCGUCAUAUAAAAACUAAUUAAGUCAUGUAAUUUAUAUAAUAUAAAGUAUUUUAUGUAAUGCGGCUUAUUAAUUCUUACGCAAGCGUACAAAUUACAAAACGUACAUAAAUUUUAUUUAUGAAAAAUAAUAUAAUGUCGUAUAUAUAUAUAUAUGAGAAAUAGAAAGAAAUUUUUAUAAACAUUAUUUACACAUAUAAUUGUCAACUUUCCGUAAGUGUAAGUUGUGUUGUAUGUGCCAAAACAUUGUAAGCAAGUCUAUCAUCAUUGGAAUUGUUAUAAAUAUAUAUAUAUUAUUCUGAUUUAGUAUAUUACAAUACACUAAAUACAAUAUAUUUUUUGUCGAUAAGAAAUUUGACAAGUAAGAAUUGAAUUAAAUAAAAAAACUGAAUUAUUCUUA